AUGGCGCUGUUGUCAGACGAGGAAAAGGCCAUCGACCCCUACACCCUCCUCGGGGUAGAGGUGACGGCCACUGACAAGGUCGUCCAGAAGGCGUACCGCAAGCUGUCGCUGAAAUGCCAUCCGGACAAGAACCCGGGGCCCGACGCCGCGGCCAUGUUCCACCAGAUCACGCUCGCGCUCAACAUGCUCCUCGACCCCGCGAAGCGCAAGUUCCUCGACACCAAGCUCGAGCAAAGCCGCGCCCAGGCGGCGCGGUACGCCGAGAUGCAGGGCAAGCGCAAGGCUGGUGUGGAUGACCUGCUCAGGCGCGAGGAAGAGGCGAACAAGCGGAGGCGGGACGCCGCGCUCGCACGGCAAGCAGCCGCCGACGAGGAAGCAGUGCGCGAGGCGGGGCGGAGGCUGGUCGAGGAGCGCCAGCGCGCCAUGUACGCGGCCGCCGCUGCGCGCGCCGCGCCGCCAGAGCCGGCACCAGCACCAAGUAACGCAGGCAGCAGCAACACGCCUCCGCCAAUAUCCGAGAUCGACCUCACGCUGCGGCUACAGCUGCCGCCCGACUCGUCUUUUGCGAGCGCGUCUGAGCUCGAGGGCACCAUCAAGGCCAAGUACGGCCCCGUGUCGCACGUGCUGCUGCGGGACGACAAGAAGCCGGGCAAGAAGAGCAAGGGUGCGCGCGCCGUCGUCGAGUUCGCGCCGGGUAACUGGGGCGGGUGCUGGGCGUGCUAUGUCGACAACACGGGCGGCCGCGCGCUCGAGCCGGGCGUGAAGGCCAAGUGGGCCGCCGGGGCCGAGCCGGCGUGGGUCGCGUGGGCGGCGUCGCACGGCACGCCGGUCGCGCCGAAGCCCGCACCUGCGCCCGUGUCAGCCGCACCGCCGUCGUUCAGCUCGGCACCAUCGUUCGGCUCCGCACCGUCGUUCGGCUCGGCGCCAGACUUCUUGAGUGCCGGCGGACUCGAUUCGGCUCUGGGACGGCACGAGGCUGAACGCAAGGCCCGCGAGGCGGCCAAGGAGGCCGAGCGCACCGCGUCCGACGCGUUCGCUAGUGCUACUCUCUUACGUAUGCGCCAGCUCGAACGGCAGAUGCUCGCGGAGAAGAUUAGGCUGGAGGAGGAAGGAGAAGAGUAG